GACGCGGUCCUCCUCGCCGGCGCGUGCGGCGCGGGGAAGACGUCGCUGCUCAUGGCGCUGAGAGGGAGCGCCUCGACGCUCGGCACCGUGACGUCGAUGGACGUCAACGACGCGAGCGUGACCGUGGAGGACGCGCGCGGGAAGAAGACAAAGAGCGGGAGCGCGGCGACGACGACGAAGCGCGCGCGCGUGGUCGACCUCCCGGGGCACCCGCGGCUGCGCGCGAAGAUCGACGCGCACGCGAGUCGCGCGCGCGGCGUCGUCUUCGUCCUGGACGCGGUGGACUUCGCGGCGAACCGCGGCGAAGUCGCGGAGCGCCUGCACGCGCUGCUCGCGGACCCCGCGAUUCGCAAGAGGCGCGUCCCGUUCCUCGUCGCGUGCAACAAGUCGGAGAAGAUCGCCGCGCACCCGGUGGACUUCGUGCGGAAGCGGCUGGAGAAGGAGAUCGAGACGCUG